CACCGAACGUAUACUUCCGAAGUUUGAAGAGCUUCGUUUGUAGAUUCUGAAACCUGAUCGCUGUUUGGGGUUAUCCGGCCGUAGAUUUGCCACCGUUAUAUGUGCAGUUUAUCGCUCGCUGGCUACUUAGCUAACUGUGCGCAAUGGCUGACGAAGUAGCCAAGGCGCAAUCUGCACAACCUGGAGGAGAUACAAUUUUCGGUAAAAUAAUUAGGAAAGAGAUUCCUGCUAAAAUAAUAUACGAAGACGAUCAGUGCAUAGCCUUCCAUGAUGUGGCUCCACAGGCUCCUACUCAUUUUUUGGUAGUCCCAAAAAAACCCAUCACACAAAUAUCAAAAGUUGAGGACGGUGACAAAGAGCUUCUUGGGCAUUUGAUGAUUGUUGCCAGUAAGUGUGCACAGCAAGUGGGAUUACCCAAUGGCUACCGACUGUUGAUUAAUGAGGGUCCUGAUGGGGGUCAGACGGUUUACCACCUCCACGUUCAUGUUCUGGGCGGCCGUCAGAUGGGCUGGCCCCCAGGCUAACUACUGGGAUCCUGAUCCACUUCAAGUUGCAUCAUUUGUAUCAGUAGUCAACAGCUGCAUUGUGUUGACGCAGACAUCCACAGUAGGUUCUAUAAUGUCGUUUAAGAUGUAAUGAUUCAAUGGGGGGAGGGAAUAAAUGUACUUAUCAGCUGUCA